AUGGCGGACAUAGAGGUUGUCUGUGGGCAGCUGCAAGGGGAGCCUUACACAUACACGUCUGAGCUGAUGCAGCAAGGGCCGGCUGCUCGGAGAGGAACCACCGUGUGGGAGACGCGUCGCCCAGCUGGGCCGACCAGGGGCCGCCAGGGGCUGAGUCAAGGCCGCUGGCUCUGCUUCGGGCACCGGUGUGGCCCAGACACAGGGCGGGCCCUCACUCAGAACACACGGUCAGCCUCGCGAGCAGGCCCCGCCGCUUCCCCGACUCCGCUGCUGGGGCCCUUCGGCGACUUCGAGGCCCGCAAGUGCCCGCUGCACGGCAAGACCAUGGAGCUCUUCUGCCAGACGGACCAGACCUGCAUCUGCUACCUGUGCAUGUUCCAGGAGCACAAGAACCACAGCACGGUGACCGUGGAGGAGGCCAAGGCCGAGAAGGAGGUACCCCUGACUGGGAUCGAACCAUGACCUCCUGGUUCCCUGCAGAAGGAGCAGCUGCAGCUCAAGGUCAUCGAGCUCGAGGACGAAGCAGACAAGUGGCAGAAGGAGAAGGACCGCAUCAAGAGCUUCACCACCAGCGAGAAGGCCAUCUUGGAGCAGAGCUUCCGGGAGCUGGUGCGGGACCUGGAGAAGCAGAAGGAGGAGGUGCGGGCCGCGCUGGAGCAGCGGGAGCAGGACGCCGUGGGCCAGGUGAAGGUGAUCGUGGACGCCCUGGACCAGCGGGCCCAGGUGCUGCAGGAGGACAAGCAGACCCGGGAGCAGCUGCACAGCAUCAGCGACUCGGUGCUCUUCCUGCAGGUGCCGGGAGCCCCCAUCUGCCCUCGCCCUCCCCCGCCUUCUAGGCCUCACUUGUCAUCCAUCCACCCACCACUGCACCUGCGGUAUUGGUACUGGAUGCCGGGAGUGCAGUCCCCAUUGAACUUGCUGCCAAAGGCAGGCAGCCUCUGCAAGGGGCCUCGGGGCAGGGGCCGCCUGCGGGCGCCGGCUCCCACAUGUCUCCCUGUGGCCGCCCUCAGGCCGGGCGCUGCCUCUGCUGCCAGCCCCGUCCAGCAGCUGGGGCUGCUGGCGCCACGCCGAGGGCGGGAACGUGUGGCGGCCACAGCCCCCGGUGCCCACUUCGGGGAGUGUUGCUGGGAACGUGUUUGGCUGUGGGAGGCCGGCCGCCCACAGGCCAGGGUCUCAUUCUGCCGUCAGAGGCCUGCAGGCUGCGGGCACCAGCCAUCUUCAUCCUGGGCUUGGGGAAGGCCUGAGCCACACCCAGGGGUUGUCCUGGUGCCGCCUGCGUGCCAGGGCUGCUGGGCACAGGUGACAGGGGUUGACCCUCGCUACAUGAGCAGCUACACCAGCAGCUACGCCAGCGACUGGAGCGCGCCCGACACCAUGAAGCGGUACUCCAUGUACCUCUCGCCCAAGGGGGGGGCCAGGACGUCAUACCAGCCCGUGUCCCCCAGUCGCCUCUCCAAGGACAUCAACCAAAAGAACUUCAAUAAUCUCUAUGGCACCAAAGGUAACUACACGUCGCGAGUCUGGGAGUACUCCUCCACCGUGCAGGGCCCCGAGGACCUGCCCCUGCCCAGCGUCCAAGGCAGCUCCUCCUUCUCUCUGAAAGGCUACCCCUCCCUCAUGCGGAGCCAGAGCCCCAAGGUCCAGCCCCAGACUUGGAAAUCUGGCAAACAGACUUUGCUGUCUCACCACCGGCCAUUCUACGUCAACAAAGGCAACGGGAUUGGCUCCAACGAGGCCCCGUGAGCUCCAGAGGGAACGAGGCACCCCCCUCCCGCUGACCCUGCUGCUCUUGCUACUGUCGCGGCUGCAGGAAGGCCGGUGCUGUGCCUGCCGUCCCCAGCCCUCUCCCCGCCCCCAGGGCCAUCCUGCCACCCCCUCUUCCCCUUGGCCACACUCCACCCAGGCCGCUCUCCCACUUCCGGUUUCUAAUGGUCACGGUCUUCGUUCUGCUCAGAAGCCAAGCAUCACAGGGGUGGGAGACAAGUGGGCUUCUCUCCCCAACCCCCACCUUUCUCUUCAGUGGGACUAGCGAUGGCUGCCACAUGGGACCAGCCUGCCUCCCAUUAGGCCCUGCUGCCCGCAGGAUGGGCCCUGCUCUCCAAGCCCUGGCCCCACGCUGAGCAGUGGGUGCCUGGCUCAGCCCUCACUUCCCACCCACGGGCCCAUCCAGGAGAGGCUGUUGCUGUGCCCUGCCCUGGCCCUCCCUGUCCAGGCCC